AUGAUCCCGUCGACACGCACCCAGCCGGUCGUUCCCGUAGCAGGGAAGCGCGAUGAAUCACCGCCACCACCGGAGGGGGCCGUUAGCGAGGAGGACGACCUUGAUUUGGAUGUCGACCAGGACGAUGCCCAGUCGUUUCUGCAACCCGCCAUUAGCCCCCUAGCCACCCGGCUUACCUCGCCCCGGACGCCGGCGGCUGACAAAGUUGCCGCGUUUGAGCGUCAGCCCGGCGGGCUGUUUGAAGUAGUGGGGGGGGAUGGUGAUGAGCCGAGUCCGCCGCUACGGACGGUGCCGAUGGCCGAGCCGUCACCGUCACAUGUUCCGAUCCCGAUCCCCACGCUCCCCACGCCGUGGCAGGCUGGGCCCAAGACGUUCCUGGUGCCGGAGCAGGGCCGGUUCCGGUCAUCUAUGGCCGCUGCGUUCCAGACACACUCGCGACAGCACCGCUCGCAGUCGGUCGGAGAAAGUGCGUUGAAGAGGUUGUCCAAGGCGUUACCGUCCAUUUCGAUCCCGUCCGGCCUAAUAUCCAACAUCACGACCCCGACCUUCUUCUCUUCCUCUUCCUCCAACUCCAGCUCUAGCUCCCCGCAAAAAGACGGCCACCAUGGACCUGGAUCCCAACCGCUAACACCAGCACCAACAUCGGUACCAACGCCAGCCUCUAUCCUGACCCCGCUCACACCUAUCCGGGGUCUUGACCGCUCUCAUCAUACGCGCCAGAGCUCAUCCCCUAUCCAGCCGGACUCGGCACGGCCGCGGACGUUGCGGCACUCGGCGUCGGACGACUCGCUGCUGUACCACACGCUGUCGCGGGUGUCGUCUUUGGGCGACGAUGAGCGGUUUGCACAUGUGCGGGAGCAGGUGAAUGUGCGGAUCAAGGCGAUCAAGGAUAGUUUUGACGGGCCGUCGUUUAAGUUGCCGCAGAUGCCGAAUCUGUUAAACGCGCCUUUAAAGAAAUCCGCAACAGACCCCAUCCAGCGCCAUCGCGCCGGCUCGCUGGGCAUCCUCCAGUCGCGGCCAGCCCCAGCCGAUCCGCUGGACGCGGUGCUCGAAAACCUCACCGGCGACAUCGUAGUCAUGGGCGGCUACCGCGGGUCGAUCCUACGCUCGGCCAAGGCCCCGCACCGCCGGCUCUGGGUGCCCGUCAAGGUGCAGCUGGGCGUGCGCAAGGUCAACCUGGAAGUCGGCCUGGAGCCGGAAGACGAGGAGGCCAUGGAGCAGAGCAUCAUCGCAGACGGCAUGCUGCAGAACAUCGGCCCCGUGGACAUCUCGAAGCGGUUGUUCAAGCGACUGCGAGAGUGCGAGAAUGCCAAGAACGGCACGCUGCGGGUGCACGACUACGGGUACGACUGGCGUCUCAGCCCGCAUCUGCUAUCCCGCAAACUGGCCGAGUUUCUGGAGAAGCUGCCGUCGAACCAGCCCGGUGUGCGCCCAGAACAGCGCGGGGCUUGGGUUAUUGCACACAGUCUCGGCGGGCUUAUCACGCGACACGCCGUCAACCAGCGGCCGGAGUUGUUCGGGGGGGUGUUGUACGUCGGCGUGCCGCAGCGGUGCAUCAACAUCCUCGGCCCGCUGCGCAACGGCGACGCGGUGCUGUUCAACGAAAAGAUCUUGACGGCGCAGGUCAACUUCUCGCUGCGAACGACCUUUGUCUUUUUACCCGAGGACGGCUUCGCGUUUGUUGAUAAAAACACCAAGGAGGAGUACAAAAUCGACUUUUACAACGUCGACGACUGGAUCAAGUACCGGCUCUGCCCGUGUGUCUCAGAACCCGCACUACCCGCAUUAUCACGGAGCAGCAGCGCGUUCGGGUCGCUGCUAAGUCUGUCCGAUUCCCUCCCAAGUCUACCGCUGCGCAACCGAAGCAGCACGCAGAGCAAGCGAACCAGCAACCCAGCCGCAGGCUUAGCAGCCGAAAUCAGAGAAUCCAUGUUCAAAGACCGCACCCUAGCACCACAGAUGAACAGUUCCUCAGCCCCAUUCUCCUCCUCACCCCCCAACUCCCACCCGCCAUCCCCCCCCGAACGCUCAUCCACCCCCCCGCCUCCAUCCCACCAACAACCACAACCCGACGACACCCGCGCCCGCAACAUCGCCUACCUCCGGCGCACCCUCUCCGAAACCAAACGCUUCCGCUCCGAACUCGCCCACAACCCCACCCACCAACGCACCAACGCCUACCCGCCCCUAGCCCUAAUCUACGCCAAAGACAUCCCCACCACCUACGCAGCGGGUAUCACCUCGCGCGACGCCAUCGCGUGUGCCGACGCCUACGAUGAUUUGUUGUUUGCUAGUGGUGAUGGCGUGGUGCUGGCGCGUGAGGCGAUGAUGCCGCAGGGGUAUGAGGUUGUGCGCGGGGGGAGGGUGUGUACGGAUCGGGGGCAUAUUACGAUGUUGGGGGAUUUGGGGGCGGUUGGGAAGGGGUUGGGGGCGUUGGUUAGGGGGAGGGGGAAGGGGAUUGGGUUGGGAGUUGCCCGAGGGACGGGUAAGAACUGA